UUGAUAUUCUUGGAGUUCUCAAGCAGUUUAAGCUGAACCGUGAUCACUAGUCGAAGCACACAGUUAGUUAGCUUCUUGACUUCUGGCGCGAUCGAUCAGAAUCAGUUAAACGGCGUGUUUAAAACUCAUGUAGUAUUACGCACGCUGGCAGAAUUAGAUGGUCGACGAUUUCGCGCUCACGUACUUGUUAUCAAUCCGCCAAUGAGCCGGCAGAAAUUACUAAAAACCAAACCACACUCAACGUUUGGCCGGAGUUCAAUGUUAUCGCGAUUACUCGCUCGCUGACUGGCGCAAAUGUUUCGCAUAAACGUUUCUAAUCGUAGUGCCUCAUUCUUCAACGCAAAGAGUUUCAGUUAAAAGCACUAGACGAAGUAAAUUCCCAUGACUAGUGCGAAUUUGACAACGGUUGAGGGAAGUACAUAAAGUAAAACACACAAUCGGGCAUAGUUUCUGUCACAAUUACACAUAAAAGCAAUUAAUUCAAUUGAGAAAUCAAACAUCAUAAAUGCGAAUCUUAUCGCGCUCUCCGAUAGCCAGCAGCAUAUAGCCAACCAUCCAUUCAGCCCCAAGUCUAGUUCGUUUCCGAGUGCCAUAAUUUGUGUUUAGUAUCGUUUGCCAUUGCCAUGUCGCAGAUCUAUCAGCUUUCUGAGGUUGCCGAAAAUAAUGGCAAGGGCGGCAAACCCGUGUGGAUCAUCUACAAGGGCAACGUCUACGAUGUGACAAGCUUUCUGAAGGAUCAUCCUGGAGGUGCUGAGCUCAUACUCGAGGUGGCUGGCAAGGAUGCCACCAAAGCGUUCAAUGGUGCCGGACACUCUUCGGAUGCGGUUAACGAUUUGAAAAAGUACAAAAUCGGCGAAGUGGCCAUCAAUUCACAGCCAACAGCAAAGUCAGCGCCACCAGCAGCAGCUAAAUCGCCAGCAAAUGAAAAAUUGCCACCAAAGGAGCCAAUGAAGGAGUCUUCUUCAUCCGGUUUUCUGUGCUGUUGUUGAGAGAACAAACAUCAACUAAGUCAAUGAAGGAGUUGUCCUCAUCGGAACGGAGAGAACAAGAGCAUCAUCAUUAAUUUGACAACUGAAAUAAUGAUUGUGUUUAUUAACAUAGUUCAGGUCGUUUUAGUAAUUAAUUAAUUAUAUAGUAGUUAACUAACACACUCAUCCAUCAUAGUCAUUUAACUAAUACGAAUAGAAUAUAAGAUCAACUUUGCGUAUCGCAAUUGUGUAUAAACUUCAGUUAAGCUUUUCCAAAAUAAGCUCGCUUUUCAUUUAUAAUUUUUUGUGUGGUUUUUUUUUUGCACUACAUAUGUGUAUAUUCGACUAAUUAAGCUGUUUUCUGUUCUGCAUCGUCAGCUGUUGUUGUUGUGGGUGAUGCCUCCUCUAGCAACACCUCGCAUGCCGCAUCGUAGAGUUCGGUGGCAAAA